AUGUGUCACAUGGAAGUUAAAAACACGUCAGUUGUUUUGGAUAUUUUCCUUCAUGGACUCACAGAUGACACCGAACUGCAGCCCUUCAUCUUUGGCUUUUUUCUAUGCACGUACUUUACCACCAUCUUUGGAAAUCUUCUUAUAAUGUUUGCCAUCAAUUGUGAUUCCCACCUCCACACUCCCAUGUACUUCUUCCUCUGCUAUCUGUCUUUUAAUGACAUGUAUUUAAUCAGCAUUAUAGUCCCAAAGAUGUUGUUGAAUAUACAAACACAGGAUCAUAGGAUCACUUUUGCUGGCUGCCUCAGUCAGGGAUGCUUUGUGGCUGUUUGUGUCACCUUUGAGUGCUUUCUCCUUGGAAUAAUGGCCUAUGACCGCUAUAUAGCCAUUUGUUAUCCUCUAAGGUACACAGUCUUAAUGAAUACCGACUUCUGUGUUAUUGUGGUUCUUAUCUCUUUAUUCAUUAGUAUUAUAAAUGGUCUGCUGCAUAGUCUGAUGAUACUGCACUUGUCCUUCUGCAGAGACCUUGAAAUCCUCCACUUCUUCUGUGAAAUUGCACAAAUCAUCAAGCUUGCCUGUUCUGACAGCCUCAUCAACAACAUUUUGAUAUUUCUUACAGCUUCUAUUUUUGCUGGUGUUCCUUUGUUUGGAAUAAUUUUCUCUUAUGUUCACAUUGUUUCUACUGUAUUGAAAAUGCCAUCCUCAGAAGGAAAGUACAAAGCUUUCUCCACUUGUGGGUCUCAUUUGUCAGUUGUUUUCUUGUUCUAUGGGACUGGCUUUGGAGUAUACAUUACCUCAGAAGUAAUUGAUUCACCAAAGGAGAUUGCUGUGGCUUCAGUGAUGUAUUCAAUAGUUCCUCCAAUGUUGAAUCCCUUUGUCUAUAGUUUGAGGAACAGGGAUAUGAAGGAGGCCCUGAAGAAAGUUAUUUGUAGGCUUCUGUUCUGUGAUGUAUGA